UUGCUCGCCUAUUGCCACCAUUCCUUGCACCACGUCCACCACGUCCAUACGAUUGGUUUAGUGCCUGUCCAAUCAUCUCUACUGUGUUCGAAGACAUUAAAUCAGCAUUGGAGGAUGUCGAGUUAGAAGACUGUACAUAUGUAAACUGGUUCGAUGUCAUAUUAUUGUACGCUGACGAUGUAGUGAAGGGCUGGGUGUUAUUCGUUGGCAUCACUAGGGAAGCAG